AUGACAGCUCUUGGAUAUUUCGACAAAACCCUCAGCCAGUACCAAGUCCUCAAUAACGGGACUGCAGAGGAGAAGACCGACUUUGUGAUUGCUUAUCAACUGAAGAGCCUACAGUAUAUUGGCCCUGUGCUGAUGGGAAUUGGGACAUUUAUCCUGAUUAUAGCGUGUGUGAUCACGCUGGAGAGCCGGGAUAAACAUGCACAGGUCUCCAUCCGCUUCAUCCCCCGCUUCACCGCCCCGGAUAUACAGCCACACAACAGACGGAUCGUUGCCGUCUACUUCAAACUGUCGCAGUUGCGGAAUGGGGUCGAGGCGGAGGUGUUUCGCAUCCCCUCCGCCAUAUCCAACUACGAGCGAAUACGGGUCGUUGGUAAAGGAGCCUUCGGAGCUGCCGUACUAUACCGACGGCGAGAAGAUGAGACGCUGGUAAUCAUAAAAGAAAUUAGCAUGCAUCAGCUGGCCGCCACGGAGCGUCAAUUGGCUAAAAACGAGGUAGAAGUCCUGUCUCGGAUGGAACAUCCCCAUAUCGUCAGCUACUUCGACUCGUUCGAGGAGGACGGGCUGUUGCUCAUUGAGAUGGAAUAUGCCGAUGGAGGAACGCUGGCCCAAUUCCUAAUGGCUUGCACCGACUUCAUUGCCGAAGAGACGAUCAGCGGCCUUUUUGAGCAGAUCUGCUCGGCUGUGGCUUAUUUGCAUGAAAACAACGUGUUGCACCGGGACCUAAAAACGGCCAACAUCUUCUUGACGCAGGAGGGCGACGUGAAGAUUGGAGAUUUUGGGAUUAGCAAACUGAUGGGUGCUGAUACGCUUUCUAAAGGUGCUACGACACUGGUUGGCACGCCACAUUAUUUGAGUCCGGAAAUGUGCGAGGGCAAGCCGUACAACGAAAAGUCUGAUAUGUGGGCGAUCGGGUGCAUUUUGUACGAAACGAUGUGCUUGGCCAAGGCAUUCGAUGCUGAUUCGCUGCCUGCGCUUGUCAACCGGAUAUGCAAGUCUCAAUACGAGCCAGUGCGGGGCCCGUAUUCGAAUGGGAUGAAGCUGCUGGUGCGGGAUUUGCUGUCGCUGGAAGCUGCUUCAAGGCCCAAGGCUAGUGCGGCAUUACAG